AAAUCAGAACUCUCAUCUGAUCUAUAUGAAUUGUUGAUAGAGAUUCGUUGAAUCUCAAGAGUUAAGAAUAGAUUUGAAGUUUACAAGAAGCUGAUGCUAUUAACGCAUCGUUUUGAGCUUACAAAUCGAAGAUGAGAAGUGUAAACGACAGCGUGGAAACCGUUAACGCCGCUGCCUCCGCCAUCGUCUCCGCCGAAUCGAGAGUCCAGCCUACCACCGUUCAGAAGAAAAGAUGGGGAAGCUGCUGGAGCUUUUACUGGUGUUUUGGAUCUCAUAAGAACAGUAAACGAAUUGGCCAUGCUGUCCUUGUCCCUGAACCAGCGGUACCUAGAGCUGCAGUCUCAACUGCUGAAAAUGUAAGCAGUCCGACCAGCAUUGCAAUGCCCUUUAUUGCCCCUCCCUCGUCUCCUGUAUCAUUCCUGCAAUCGGAUCCUCCAUCUGCCACCCAAUCACCUGCUGGAUUGCUAUCCCUAACUGCUCUUUCGGUUAACACCUACUCUCCCUGCGGACCUGCAUCUAUUUUUGCCAUAGGGCCUUAUGCACAUGAAACCCAGUUAGUCACACCACCAGUAUUCUCUACCUUGACAACUGAACCAUCCACAGCUCCUUUUACACCCCCUCCAGAAUCUGUUCAGCUGACUACACCUUCAUCUCCUGAAGUACCAUUUGCUCAAUUGCUGACAUCUUCAUUGGAGCGUGCUCGGAAAAACAGUGGGAUCAAUCAGAAAUUUGGAUUGUCCCAUUAUGAAUUUCAGUCUUAUCAAAUAUACCCUGGGAGCCCUGGUGGUAAUCUCAUAUCACCUGGGUCGGUGAUUUCUAAUUCAGGCACAUCCUCUCCUUUCCCUGAUAGACAUCCGAUCCUUGAGUUCCGCAUGGGGGAGGCUCCCAAAAUCUUAGGAUUUGAACAUUUUACUACUAGGAAAUGGGGUUCUAGGCUAGGAUCUGGAUCAUUAACACCAGAUGGACUGGGGCAAGGUUCACGACUAGGUUCCGGAUGUGUGACUCCAGAUGGUCUGGGUUUGGGUUCAAGAUUAGAUUCAGGAUCAUUGACACCUGCCUCAAGAGAUGGUGUUCUCGUGGAGAGUCAGAUUUCUGAGGUAGCAUUGUUUUCUAACCCAACACUUAGACCUAAAACCGAUGAGAUUAUAGUUGAUCACAGGGUCUCUUUUGAAUUGAGCGGCGAAGAUGUCGCACGCUGCCUCAAAAACAAGUCACUGGCAUCAAGCAGAACCAUGCCAGAGUAUGAAUAUCCAAAGGGUUUGGUGGUGCAGGGCGGGAUAGAAAAAGAUGGACAAACAAAGGAUGCAGAAAAUUCUUGUGAUCUGUAUAUUAGAGAAACGUCCAAAGAAACAGAUGAAAAGGUUUCAGUAGAAGCUGAAGAGGAUCAUUGCUAUCAAAAGCAUCGCUCCGUUACUCUUGGGUCAAUUAAAGAGUUCAAUUUUGACAACAGAAAAGGAGAAUCUUCUGACAAGCCCACCGUCAGGUCUGAAUGGUGGGCGAAUGAAAAGGUUUCCGGAAAGGAAGCCAGGCCCGGAAACAACUGGAGUUUCUUCCCUAUGUUGCAACCAGAGGUAAGCUGAAUUUUGUAAACUAUGCAACUUAGUUUCACCUCCAUGCAUAAAGUCAUAAAACUUGUUUAAAUACAUUUGCAACACUAAACCACUAGCCUUUCAGUUGAUUUAUCCGAAGGUCGAAACUCGUACUUUCUUCAAUAGUUUUGGCAUAAUUAGACGAUGAAGUGAACUAAAAGGCUAGUUUUCAGUGGUCAGAAGAGUGUUUAUUCCUUGACCUAAAAGAUGAUCCAGUGAGGGAAUAGUUCAUAGGGAUAAACUGUGUGGGUACUGAUAG